AUGAGCGAUAAAGAAGGUGAUCUUGAAGAAAAUUCUUUACUUUUUGAUUCUAAUUGUGAGACUAGCGAUAAUAUAUCAAUUGGUUCUAGUAAUGGGGCUAUUUCAAUGGUUCAAGAAAAUCAAUCUUAUGCUACAAAAAAAAUUGAGAUUCUGAAAGUAAGUGGUGAAAAGGUUAAAUGCGAAUAUAAAUUUCUACAUGACGGUAGUACUAGGAAUAUGAGUAGUUAUUUUCAAGACAAGCAUAAUCUAUAUGAAAAUAAAAAUAAAAUUCAAAGUAAUAUUUGUUCAGAUGAUGCAUUAAAUUCUAGUGAUAGUGAUUCAUCGGUAAAUGUUGCAAAUUCUGAAAAACCUAUUCUACGCAAUAUAGCAGAGAUAAAAACAAGUGGGUCGUAUUAUACUACCUUAUCUAUUAUAUAUUCUUUAAUUGAAGCACUUAAAUUUAUAUUUGCUAAAUUCGAAAUAUCAAGUAAUACUCCAAACAAUGAACAAGAAUCAUCAGAUGAUAAUAGUGACGAUUCAGAAAAUAAUACUUCAGAUUUAACUAAUGAUUCUUUUCAAAACACUCAUCUUAUAAAAUCAAUGUGGCAUAUAAUCUAUAAUUCUUUAUUUGAUUAUUGGAAUAAGCCACUAAUGGUCGGUUUGUUGGCAACACUUUUGGAUCCACAGCUAAAAACACUUUUUAGUUGGGAUCAAAAAACUCAAAAAAAAGCCAAAGCUGAGUUAGCUCGUCAAUUUAAAGAUAUAGCUACUUCAAAUUAUGAACAAACAACAUCAAUAUAUACUAUCUCUUCAAAUAGUAACAAUAUUCGUUGCAAUCAUUUACACUCCUUAAUUUUUGGCACAUCUACUUCAACUGAUACUACUUCUAAUCCUUGCUGA